GUUGAGGGUAGACACGCCCCUAUGAAUGAUGUCACAGGAACUAAUCCCCCCCAUAAAGUAAACAUAUAAAAAACUGACACAUUGGGGCAGAGGAAGCAGAUCAAUAAUCAUAAGUUUUUGGGGGUGACGUUUAAAGACCACCGUGGGUUUACACAUUUGAAGAAGUAGCAUUGACUUCACUAGUUAUGGCGCAGACUCCUCCGAACACCUUGACGCCACUUGCCAGGGCUCUGUCCCACCAUAAUCUGGACGCGGUCGCUUCGAACGAGGUGGUCUCCCCUCGAACUUCCCAGGUCCAUCCGUGCCGAAGGAGGCAGUUAACAAGCUGCGGAUCGUUCGAUGGAAAUGAACUUGCCAGAUCUCCCAGCGUGGCUGAAGCGCGCGUCCUGGUCAUCAACACAGGAGGAACCAUCGGAAUGACGCUUACCGAUAACGUUCUUUCACCAAAGGCAAAUGCUUUUGUGCAGAUUUUGCGCAAGCUACCCAUCCUCCACGAUGAGAUGUAUGCACAGCAAACCUGCAUGUAUGAGUACUACGGAUCCGAAUGCACCUUAGUCCUGCCGAUGCCGAGCGCUCAUUCUGACCAUUUAAUCCACAGUAUGAGUAAAAACAAGAAGAGGAUAAUAUACACCAUUAUAGAGUACAAUCCUUUAUUGGACUCGGCCAAUAUGACCACAGACGACUGGGUUAGAAUAGGAAAAGACAUCGAGAAAAAUUAUGAAAACUACGAUGGCUUCGUGAUCCUUCAUGGCACAGACACCAUGGCUUACACGGCCUCAGCUCUCUCCUUCAUGUGUGAACAUUUGGGCAAGCCCAUCGUCCUCACCGGCUCACAAGUGCCUAUUUAUGAGAUGAGGAAUGAUGGCAGAGACAACCUGUUGGGGGCACUGUUGAUUGCCGGCCAGUUUGUCAUUCCUGAGGUGUGCUUGUACUUCUACAACAAGCUCUAUCGAGGAAAUCGUGUGACCAAAGUGGAUGCCGGGAGUUUUAACGCAUUCACAUCACCUAAUUUGGCUCCCCUUGCCACUGCAGAGGUUGAUAUUGCAAUAAACUGGGACACAGUGUGGAGGGCAAACACGACAGUUAAGUUUCAGGUCUCCACUGAGCUCAACAGGAAUGUCGGCCUGCUAAGGCUCUUCCCGGGAAUAACUGCUGCUACUGUGAGGGCGUUUCUGCAGCCUCCUAUGGAGGGAGUGGUUCUGGAGACGUAUGGCAGUGGCAACGGGCCAGAUAACCGCCCUGACUUGUUGGAGGAGUUGAAGAAGGCCACUGACUUCGGUGUCAUCAUUAUAAACUGCACGCAGUGUUUGAGGGGUACGGUGUCUACGUCCUAUGCCACUGGCAAGGUAUUGAUUGACGCCGGGCUGAUAACUGGUUGUGACAUGACUCCAGAGGCCGCCUUAUCAAAGCUGUCUUAUGUCUUGGCAAAGACAAACCUAAGUCUUGACGCUAAGAAAAAGAUGAUGGGCCAGAACUUGCGUGGUGAGAUGACUGCUGAUUUGGCAGGAGCCAAGUUUAGUCUGAGUGACAGUCGAUUCAUCCAGGUCAUCGCUAAGGCUUUGAGCAUUAGCUGCAAAGAGGAGCUGGAAGCCAUCCGUGAUGCUCUGACACCCUCGCUGGCCUGUGCAGCCACGAAAAUCGGUGACAUUGAGGCCUUAGAAACUCUAAAAGAAAUGGGCAGUAAUUUAUGUCUGAGCGACUAUGAUGGACGGACCCCUCUGCAUAUUGCUGCCUGUGAAGGAAACCUGAAAGUGGUGCAGUACCUGCUGACAGUUGGCGCCACCGUUUAUGCAAGAGAUCGCUAUGGCGACACACCCCUGUGCAAUGCUGUACGCUUCAGGCACAAGGAUGUCGUCAAGCUCCUGAGGAAGACGGGAGCCCACUUUUCCAGAGACGAGUUGGAUGAGGCGGGAUCGGAGCUGUGCAGCCUGGUUGUCAGCGGCGAUCUGGAGGGCCUGGAAAUAUGGAGUCUCGCUGGAGCUGAUCUGAGUAAACCAGGCUAUGAUGGGCAGACAGCAAUUGAACUGGCCAACGCUGCUGGCAAACCAGAAGUGGCAACCUUCAUAAUAAGCCUCCUAAACAAAACAAUGAAGACAGCAUUUGCAGAAUUGAAUGACUAUGAUGAUGAUGAGGAGGAGAACGGCGUGAUUGAGUUCACACCUUCUCCUGCUGGAAUGUGAGCUUCGGCCACUUGGUCCAGUCUACAAGUUGCUUUCACUUCCUCCCGCUCCGUCCCCAAGUACACACUAAAGCACUAAAGCUUGUUUGCAGCCACCAAAAAUUACAACCUUCCCGUCCAAUCACGUUCUAAGCACAAGUUUGAAUGCACAUUGGAAUGUCAGCACAAAUUGCUUAUAAGUAUUUGAUGUCGGUAUUAAUCUAUAUGAGGGUAUCCGUGAUUUUAUUUUUGAGGGUGAACCAAAUGCUGCUGUAACUUAAAAACUGCCAGGCUGAUACAGUAUAAUUACUGUGACACAAUAUAAUCAAGUUCAGGGCUUUUUAUUUUUAUACUUUAUUUUUAUAGUAAGAUAGUAACAAAGACACUUAAGAAAUGGAGAUUUGCAUCGUCGGCUUUGGUCAAAUACCUCCAUGAGUGUCCUGCUGCUGGAACACGUGUUACAAAACUGUGAAGUGACUCUGCACACCCAUCCAGCCUGUUUCUCAGCCGGAAGUUGUCAAGCCGGAAGAGUGGCAUAGCUCUCUCGCUGAAACGGAACUGGCAAUUUCGGUUACAACGUGGGUGGUUUCUGCAUGCAAUCUUUUUAAGAGAGUUUGUUCAUGUUUAGAGUGUUUUCCUUUCACUUCUGCUGUUUUUUUUUUUUGUCUGGGUUGUCAUGAAAAACAAAUUGUCCUGCUGUUUCACCAAUGAAUGUGUUUUUGACAUGGCUGUUGUUUUGUGAUAGUCUCUGUUUGAAAAAGCAAAACCAAUAAAUCUGAUCAAUCAAAAA